AUGUCCGCGUGCCCGCUUUUAUCCACCGCGCGCCCUCCAUGCGUGCACGGACGUCACUUGAAUCUCCGACGAGGGCUCUUCGGGUGCUGCCUUGUGAUGCACAUCGUGCUACACAGCAGUCUGGCGCAAGUAGGCGGCCAGGGGUACCUGGAGGGCCAAGGCCGGGCGAGAGGAACGGUCUCGCAGCGGGGUUUAACGGCGCAGCAGCAGCAACAGCAAGGCGGUGGUACAGUGACGCGGUUGUAUCUUCUGCCCGGCAACCCGUACGGCGCCAAGUGUCUUGACGGCAGCCCCCCGGGGUACUAUCACAGGCCGGGCUAUGCGGCGGGCAGCGCGGCGUGGCACAUCCACCUCCCGGGCGGCGGGUGGUGCACGUCUAUGGCGGGGUGCAUGCACCGCGCGCAGACGAACCAGGGCAGCACGCGUUCGCGCCCCACCGUCAUCGUGCGGGGCGGCAACGACAGGGACGAGGGCAGCGCGUCCCCGGCGCGCGGAAUCAACUCCCCGGACCCGAUAGUGAACCCGCUGUUCCACAACUGGCACCUCGUGCGCCCCAUCUAUUGCGACGGCGGGGGCUUCGCGGGCCGCGCUGGCUGGCGGGCUGUGCGCGGCGGUGGCAGUGCAGGGACGGCGGGGGUGUACCUGGACGGGUGGAAGAUCAUACACGCCGUGCUCAAUGACCUGAAGCAGAAUAGAGGCAUGGCUCGGGCAGCCAGCAUUUUAUUGACGGGCAGCUCAGCGGGCGGGCAAGCAGUGAUUACGCUGUGCGACCGCGUGGCGCUCCUCUUCCCGUCGGCCACCGUCAAGUGCAUUCUGGACGCUGGCUUCUUUGUUGAUGCGGAGGACCGGUGGCAUGGGAAUACGAUGAGCACUAUGGUGCACAGCAUGGCGGCCCUGCACGCCAUGCGACUCAACCUGCACUGCACACAAG